AUAUUCAAAUACGAAAUUUCAAUGCAGCCUAUUAAUAUCAUCAAUAUUAUGUUUUUUUCACGUAUUACCAAGUAGACUUACUACUGAGGAUGAUAUUUUUGAAAAAAAAAACAAAUAAUUUCAUCUAAGAUUCAAAACAAUAAUUAAAAUUUCCACCGUGCAAUUUCUGUAAAUUUUCCGCUCUCAAGUGUGCUGUCUAUAGUGGAGGGAGCUGGGUGAGUCAUCGCAGGAGGUCUGAGUGGAGGGGAUCAGUUUAGCGUUGGUAGUGUUGCUGCCGUGAGAUCAUUCCUGUCAACCAGUCAGUUGUUCUUCAGUUGCAUGUUAGUAAAGUGACGUGUAGUUUGGAAAUAAUAAUUGAAUUAGUUGACAAACAAGUUGUGAAGUUUAAUUUCAGUUAUCAUCCAGACACUUUUGAAUAAGUUUUCUAGCGACAAAUCGACCAAUCUCCUAUCAGCAAACAUGUCAGCGAACACAGAAUGCCCACUCAGUCCAUCACUGAAGGACUUGCCCAAGGUGGCAUGUGACCUGAAGAGCCAAUUGGAAGGAUUCAAUCCUGACAACAUGAAGAGGGCAUCAACACAGGAAAAGAACAUUCUCCCGACAGCUGAUGAUGUAGCAGCUGAAAAGACACAGAAAGCAUUAAUAAAUAGUGUAGAGGCGUUUGACACAGGCAAAUUGAAACAUGCUGAAACGAAAGAGAAAAUCGUCCUACCUGACAAAGAUGUUGUUCAACAAGAGAAACUGCACCAGCAUUUGAUCAACGGUGUGGAACACUUUGACAAGGACAAAAUGAAGCACAUCGAAAUACACGAGAAAUGUACACUUCCUGAUCCCAAAGCCAUCGAACAAGAGAAGGGCCAACAACAGUUAUUCGCUGGUAUUGAGAAUUUCGAUACCAAGAAAUUGAAACACACAGAAACACAAGAAAAGAACCCUCUUCCCACUAAAGAAGCAAUCGAUGCUGAGAAAGCAGCAUAAGACUGGAGCGCGUAAGAGUGCGAAUAUUGAGAUGUAAUCUCCGAGUGCUAUUAAAAUAUAAAUAGAUCAUUGUCAAGUGAAGAUGGACAAAAAGAACUGACACUAUUACUUAUAAAUUUUUUAUUGAAUACUAGUGAUUCCUUUUACCAUCAUAUCAUCCGGCCAGUGUAAACUUGUUGAUGAUCAUGUAACAAGCGUUAUUCACCAUUUAUAAUGAACUAAAUAUUUUUAUAGAAUAUGAUUGACUGAGAGCUUUAUUAUAAUAAGGGAUGGAUUCCUGUCAUGCUCUCUUGAAUACCAAUCAUACAAAUUUCUAAUUGAAAAGACAAAAAUCUAAAAUAUUUUCUAUCUGCUUUAAUAAGAGAUGGAUUUGCCAAGAGCAAAUAUCUUUGGAAAAAUUUUGUAUUUUUGAAAGUUGCCAUUCUCUGCCGAUAAAAUUUCUUAACAAUUUUAUAGUAAACAGCCAACCAUCCUAUUGUUCUCAGGAUAUUCGGGAAAAGUUACUUUCUAUACCUAGUUUGUUAGAGAAGAAUUGAUGGAUUUGCAAUAGCUUCAUUUAAAUUACAAUUAUAAAAGAUGCGUUUUUCUAUAAAUGUAUAAAUCCAAAUUGUUUAUAAAUAUUCAUUGGUAAAAUGCUUGUUUGUUCUUUUAAAAGAUGUCUGGUGAUACAUUUCUAUUAACGUUUAUGGCUGUUCAAGAUUUAUACAAAGUUAGUCAACUAAGAAAUUAUUUUGUAUGUGUAUAAUUUUUCAAAUAAUAUAUUUUAUAGUCAGACUAACAUUCUCACUGAUAAAUCAUUCCUUGAAUGUUGAUAUUUUUAUAUGUGUACUUAAUGAAAAAAAGUAGUUACGUUUUCCUCUUCAGUUGCAUUUCAUUCCAUACUUUUUGCUUUCUGUUGAGUCUCUCAUUAUGGACUACUUUUCAAACAUGUCAAUUGUUUUCUAAACUUUUUCAAGAAUUUAUCAUUCAUACACUCGAGCUUCAUCAUUCAUUAUUAUUAUUUAUUCUUAGUCAUAUAGAUAAUAUCAGAUACCUACUCUAUAUAAGAUCACUAGAAUGUAUAUCAAUAAUAUUAUUUACCUUAGUAGCGUGCAUCAUAAUUGACAUUUUAUCAGCUUUUUGCUUUCGAAUGUUGUAAAAAUAAAGCUAUAAGAAAGUAUAAGAAUA